AUGACAGCACCCCUCACAAACAGAGCCCGCUCCACCUACCGCGCCCUCCUCCGUGAACUCCCCCGCGGACGACACACCACCCCCUCCCCCCUCCACCAACGCCUGCGCGUAAUCUUCCGCUCGCAAGAACAAACACCCUCCACACCCUCCGCGCCCACACCAUCACACACAUCCUCCGUGGCCUCGUCGACGCAACCGAUUGCGUUUUCGAUUCCGUCCUCUGAGGAGGAGCGCGCGCUGCGGAUUCAGGAGGCGGAGCAGUUGGCGCAGUAUGCGAAGGCGCAGCGGACUUAUACGGAGUUGCUGGAGCGGUAUAACCCUGGCAUGAAUAUGGAGGAGGAGGAGAGGAUUCGGUUGACGGCUAGGAGGGUUGGGUUUGAUUUGCCGGAGUUGCAUAAUCCUGAGGAAGGGGGGAAUCAGAAUCCGAAGGAGUGA